AUGGUCGCCGGCGCUCGCACAAAGCCUGCACCCCUCUUUUGGGUUGUCGCGGUCCUCUUCCAAUUCAUGUCCCUGGCCGCGGUUGCGCAAAACACGACGCACUUGAACAUUACUGCCAUUGGCGCAGCCGGCGGAAGAUCAACCAUUGAGUGCUGGCAGAUCACCCGGCCCUUCGAUACUUCGACGGACCCCGGGACUGCAGGGACCAAGGCGCAGCAGCUAGGCGAUACCACCAACCUCACUCUCACCAUCCUGCCUCCCAAGUUCGACGGCGGUCUCCACAAUGCUCCAGCUGUUCAAUAUGUGGCAUUUACUUCAGGCCUUGCGGUAGUCACGUUACCCGACUCUGACGAGAAGGCUACUAUCCGCGGCGGAAAGUACGGAUUGAUCAUCGCGGCUGACAUUGCGGCCGUGAGCAAGAAAGGUCAUAUCACGCGCUACCCAAGCGGCAGCACGACUACUGCACUGCAAAUUAGGAUGAAGGACAACAUUCCACCCGCGCAUAGUAUUCUCCACAAAGGCGCCUGUCGACAAGACGAGCUCGUCGGGCUCUAG